CGAACACCCAGGUGCUGUGGAGGCGCGAAGGCGAGGGAAGAAUCGCCGAGGAGCAAGCGAGCGCACGGGUGGGAUCUUGCUCUUCGGGGCUCCUCUUUCACAAGUGCGGAACGACGGGACUGAACCCUCUUCCUUCUGUUCCUCCAACAAGGAAACCUCGUCGACAAUGGCUAGUCAACACAAGUACGAUGUCGUCGUCUUUGGCGCCACGGGCUACACGGGCAAGAAGUGUGCCGCGCACCUGUCCAAACACCCAGGCUCGCCCCGCUGGGCCAUUGCAGGCCGCUCGUCCUCGCGACUCGAAUCGCUGCGAAAGGAACUGAGCCUCUCGAGCGACGUUGGAACCAUCGUCGCUGACACGUUCGACGCUGCGUCUGUCCGUAGCAUGGUGACCCAGGCAAAGUGCCUCAUGAACGUCGUCGGACCCUUUCGUCUUCUCGGCGGCGAGGCCAUUGCGACUGCCUGCGUGGAAGCGGGCACACACUACUUGGACCUGAGCGGCGAAACCCUCUUCAAUGCGUCGCUGAUCGAAAACCUCGGAGAAAAGGCCAAGCAGAAGGGCGUCAUCCUGGCUCCAUCUGUGGGCCUCGAUUCGUUGCCAUUCGACCUUGCAACUUACCUUGCCGUGCAGCAGCUCAAAAAGACGGGGGCCCAGGUUGGCCGCGUUGACACUGCCUUUGUCGCAAAGGGCUCGCUAUCAGGAGGCACCAUUCUCUCUGCCUGCGACAUGGCUGAAGUCGACCGUGAUCAGCUCCUCGACGUUCGACCCGACUGGCUCAGCCCCUUAAAAGGAGCAUACGAGCCUAUUCGCUUCGGCGCUGCCAUGUGGAUGCCCCAGUUCCGUCGCUACGGCAUCCACACGCCCUUCACCCCGCACAACCACCGCAUUGUCAACCUCUCACACGGGCUCCUGGAGCAGUCCAAGUCCGAGGAGGCCUACGGACCCAAGUUCAGCUACCGGGACGCCUUUGUCGUCCCUGGUCCUCGACCUCUCGUCUUCCUCAUUGGAUACUUUCUCCAAUUCGUGCUCCUUUGCCAGGUCCACCUCGCCCCCGUCCGUUGGGCCCUGCGCAAGAUUCUCCCGCCCAACUACGGCCUGUCGGACGAAAAGCUUCGCUACCCACACGCGUUCCUGGAUGUCCGAGCUGUCGCCUACCCCGCCGGCGCGUCCGGCUCCUCUACUGCGGGCGCGGCCGAGGCACGCCUGUAUAUCCCCCACGACGGCGGCUACGUCGGUGCCGCCGAGAUGAUGUCCGAGGCGGCGCUGCUCAUUGCCGAGGGCACCGGCCUGUCGAAGCUCGCAAAGCAAGGAGGUGUCCUCACGGGCGCGACCAUUGGCGCCAAGGGCCUCGUCGAGCGACUCACCCGGUACGCAGACUUCAAGUUCGACAUCGGUCCGUACAAGGACCGGGACAGCAAGAAGACCAAGUAGUGGGACAAAAGGCACAUGGGCAGAUUGUUGCGACGUCGUUUGAAGGGCAUUACUUUAUAUUGGAUUAUGUUGACACAUUUGCGAGGGCGCGCGGACGAGAGAGAGAGAGAGAGGGGGGGAGAGUGAGGGGAAAGGAGGAAGAGAAAGAGAGAAACCAAACGUCCCAGAGUUCCGUGAUAGUAAAUGAGAUGCUAGGAAUGGGGCAAAGGUAGCAAAGU